GGGUUUGGAGGUGGCUGCAAAGCCUUCGGAGCUGGAGGCCAAGGAGGGUUCGGAUUCGGGAGCGGAGGAGGAUUCGGAGGUGGCUACGGAGGAGGUUGUUUCGGUGGAGGCUUCGGUGGUGGCUUUGGUGGUGGUUCCUGUGGAGGAUUCGAGGGAGGGAUGGGAGGACAAGGAUUCCCUCCGUGUCCUCCUGGAGGGAUCAGGGAGGUGACCAUCAACCAGAGCCUCCUGGCACCUCUCAACCUGGAGAUCGACCCCGAGAUCCAAAGGGUUCGGAUGCAGGAGCGAGAGGAGAUCAGGAAACUCAACGACAAAUUCGCCUCCUUCAUCGACAAGGUUCGGUUCCUGGAGCAGCAGAAUCGAGUGCUGGAGACCAAGUGGAAGCUGCUGCAGGAGCAGGGGGGGACAGGCCCCGGGGGCAGGAGCCUGGAGCCCAUCCUGGAGAACUACAUCAGCAGCCUCCGGAAACAGCUGGAUCUGCUCUCUGGGGAGAAGCAGCAGCUGGACACAGAGCUCAAGAGCUUCCAGGACCUGGUGGAGGAGUUCAAGCGCAAGUACGAGGAGGAAAUCAACAAAAGGACAGCGGCCGAGAACGACUUCGUGCUCCUCAAGAAGGAUGUGGAUGGAGUCUACAUGACCAAGGUGGAACUCCAGGGAAAACUGGAUUCCCUGUCAGAUGAGAUCAACUUCUUCAAGUGCCUCUACGAAGCUGAGCUGUGCCAGAUGCAGAAGACAGUGUCUGACACCUCAGUGGUUCUCUCCAUGGACAACAACCGGAGCCUGGACCUGGACAGCAUCAUCCAAGAGGUCAAGGCGCAGUACGAGGAAAUCACCAACCGCAGCCGCGCCGAGGCCGAGGCCUGGUACCACAGCAAGUACGAAGAGCUGCAGGCCACCGUGGGCAAGCACGGGGACAGCCUGAGGGACAGCAAGACCGAGAUCUCCGAGCUCAACCGCGUGAUCCAGAGGAUCCGAGCAGAGAUCGAGAGCGUGAAGAAGCAGUGCGAGUCCCUGCAGACCUCCAUCGCGGACGCGGAGCAGCGCGGGGAGGCAGCUCUCAAGGACGCCAGGGACAAGCUGACCGAGCUGGAGACAGCUCUGCAGAAGGCCAAGACUGACCUGGCCAAGCAGCUCCGCGACUACCAGGAGCUGAUGAACGUCAAACUGGCCCUGGAUGUCGAGAUUGCCACCUACAGGAAACUCCUGGAGGGAGAGGAGUGCAGGAUGUCUGGGGAGUGCCAGAGCGCCGUCAGCAUCUCCGUGGUGGGAGGCAGCACCACCGUGGGAGGUGGAUACGGAGGUGGAAUGUGCCUUGGAGGAGGAGGACUUGGAUUUGGAAGUGGCAAAGGAAGCUGCAGUGCUGGUGGUGCUGGUUUGUGCUUCAGCCUGGGAGGGAGUGGCUUUGGUGCUGGUGGGUCUAGCUCGGUGGUGGUGGGAUCUGGCCCCAUCCUGAAGAACAACAACCGGAGGGUGUAG